UGCGCAGCGGCGUUGCAGAGCUAGAGGAAGUGUUCAGCCAUUUUAGACGGGGGCUCAGGCACGAACAAAAACAUUGAGCUGAAUUUCAUCAUUUUUUUGGUUUAAUGUAGCUAACGGACCGUCACUUUAAACUAUAUUGUGCACUGAAGAGGAGACAAAACGAGGCGACUCAAAGUCUCCUUUUAAAAAAGACAGAAAGGCUGCCGAAGAUGGCCGUCGACAGGCGAGACGACAAAGAUGGAGAACUUAAUGUUCUGGAGGAUAUCUUGACUGAUGCUCCAGACCAAGACGACGAGCUGUACAACCCUGAGAGUGAACAUGACCUGAACGAAAAGAAAGGUUCCAAGCGAAAGAAUGAACAUGGAGACAGCCAUGAUGCAAAGCGUCUAAGGUCUUCUGGCCACUCCACCAGGCAGCCGGUUAAAAGGUCCGUACCGUCCAGCGGAUCCAUUGGGAAAAAAAUGACCAGCCUGAGGGGCAGACAUCACCCUGAUGACUUCUAUGAAGACAGGAAGAACCAUUCGGGCAGAGGGAGAGUUUCCAGGGCUGAACUGUCCAAAGGGCACAGCAGAGACCACCAGAGGAGGAUCAAACCACUGAUCUCAGAGUUGAAUGAGAAGCUGAGAAGGACGAGUGAGGAGAGCGUGGGCCGGGUCAGUCGAUCCUCAAAAGAAGACGAAGAAGAGGCGCGGUCGGAGGAGUAUGCAUCUGAGCAAGAGACGGGCAGUUCUGCAGGCUCCUCUGAAGGCAACCGUUCUGACGUUGAGGAAGAGGAGGUGAUGGAGGAUGAGGAUGAGGAUGGAGAGAAGGGCCCUGAUGAUGACGACGAAGAGGAGGAUGUUGAAGGAGAAGACGGAGAAGAGGAGGAUGAAGACUAUGAGCUGGAGGACGGUGACCAGCAGGAAGGGAACGAGCAGAAUGACUACGACACACGCAGCGAAGCCAGUGAUUCUCAGUCAGAAUCCGUUUCCUUCUCGGACGGCGAGUCGGUGCACUCCGCCUCAGGCUCAGAGGCCUCUGAUAAGGAAAGAAAAGAGAAGAAGCACGCUAGAGGGAUAUCACCAAUCGUUUUUGAUAGAAGUGGAAGCUCAGCUUCAGAAUCAUGCACAGGGUCUGAAAAGAAGCACGAAAAGCUGUCAUCGUCUGUUCGUGCUGUGAGAAAAGAUCAAACCAGCAAGCUGAAAUACAUCCUGAGAGAGGCGAGGUACUUCCUGAUUAAGAGCAACAACCAUGAGAAUGUUUCUCUCGCUAAGGCAAAGGGGGUGUGGUCGACCCUGCCUGUGAACGAAAGGAAGUUGAACGCAGCAUUCCGCUCGGCUAGAAGCGUCAUCCUUAUCUUCUCUGUCAGGGAAAGCGGCAAAUUUCAAGGUUUUGCUCGACUUUCGUCCGAGUCUCAUCACGGAGGUUCUCCCAUCCACUGGGUGUUGCCUGCAGGUAUGAAUGCCAAGAUGCUUGGAGGAGUCUUUAAAAUCGACUGGAUAUGCAGGCGGGAGUUACCUUUCACAAAGUCAGCACACCUUACCAACUCAUGGAACGAGCACAAGCCUGUGAAGAUCGGACGAGACGGACAGGAGAUCGAGACGAACUGCGGCCUGCAGCUGUGCUUGCUCUUCCCUCCGGAUGAGAGCAUUGACUUGUAUCAGGUUAUUCACAAAAUGCGCCACAAGAGGAGGACGCACUCGGAGCCUCGUUCCCGGGGCCGUCCCCCGCACAGAGAGCCCGCCCCACGAGACCUGGGAAGGCGUCGUCCAGAGGAAUAUGACAUGCACAACAGGAAGCGACCCAGGAUUGACUAUCCUCCCGAGUUCCCCCAGAGACCAGGUUUUAUGCAAGACCCACGCAACCAACCGGUGGACAGACGCUUUUCUGGAGUAAGGAGAGAUGUGUUCCUCAAUGGCUCUUAUAACGAUUACAUGCGAGAGUUCCAUCACAGCAUUGGGCCUCCACCUCCAUGGCAAGGGAUGGCGCCAUAUCCCGGUAUGGAUCAGCCUCCUCACCAUCCGUAUUACCAACACCAUCCUCCACCACCCCAGGCCCACCCACCAUACUCAGGUCAUCACCCCAUGCAGCAUGAUGCCCGCUUCAGGGAGAAGAGGGUCGUCCGUUCUUUCUCCUCCAGUCUGCACGAUUAUGACAUGCGUGUAGACGACUUCCUGAGACGCACCCAGGCGGUGGUGAGCGGUCGCAGGAGCCGGCCCAGAGAGCGCGAACGUCAGAGAGAACGCGAGCGGCCACGAGAUGCGCGGCGAGAGCGCGAGAGAGAGCGAGGCCGCGAGCGUGACCGUGACCGAGACCGCAUCAGAGACCGAGACAGGGAGAAAGAAAGAGGGCGAUAUCGCAGAUAAGAGAAGAUUGGGGUUUUUUUUUGUUGUUUUGUUUGUUUGUUUGUUUUGUUUUGGUUUUUUUCUGGUCACUCACAAAGCUUUGCUCAGUAACUCAUGGAUUCUCUUUUGAAAAUCCCUUUUAGUUUCUGUACAGAGAACAUAACCAUUAGGGUUUUUUUUGUAGAUAAUGUGUUAAUUUUUUUGUUUCUUUGCUUAUGUAUAAAGCUGAAAUGUAAUUCAGAAAAAAGCGCCACUCUUCCUUUCAGAGUAUUAUUUUUAAAUAUGUACAUUGUUUAACAGGAGAUUGUUUGUAUCGUGCAUGCAGUGUUUUCUACUGUGACAACCAAAAAUCUUUUGUUUUUGUUUUAAUCAUUAAGCAUCAAGAGGGCACGUUCUUCCCUUACAAUACAGUAUGUGUUACAGUUUCGGACAAAUCUACUCCAUCCUUCACUGCUGAUCAGCUCUGUAAAUGUCUCUGCCGUGAGGUUAAGAUAAUGCACACUCGUGUCUGUGAAAUCUGUUAUUGUACAUAGCGUCUGAAUGGACACUUAAAGCAGUUCUACAGACUGCAGCAACUGGCUUUAUGUUCCAAAUGUUCUGUUUUGAGUAUGUGGGUGAAAGAAGCAAUAUCACCUCUUUUCUGUUUAAUCCCUGUUGUAUUCUGUAAAUUCCCUGAAAUGAAGGUCUGUAUAGCAACAUGCUAGAUGUUUUUGUCAGGAAAGUUGUAUCUUUUACUGAUAAAUUUUGUAUAAUUAAACAGAAAACACUG